AUGAUGAGGUUCGAUACCUUCAACACAUUGGCGGCAUUGAAUGCUGUAGCCGUAAGCGCGGCCGGUGUCGACAAAAUUGAAGUGACCGGUAACAAACGGGUGUACUACUGUCAACGAUGUUUGAAUCAUAAUCGUUUGGAGCCACGCAAGAAUCAUAAAUGUGAAUGCCUCUACGCAACGUGUACAUGCAACAAGUGUAUUCUGGUUGAGAAACGGCGAGUGUUGAACACACAAUUGCACGAACUUGAGGAGGUUGUGGACAGUGAAAUGCAAGCCGAAAUCGAAGAACAACUCAACCCGAGUGGAAGUCGAGUGAAAGGAGGUGAGCUCUACCUUGCAUCCUCCUAG